CCAUAAAAAUAUUCUUCUACCUUUUUUUAUGCGAUUGAAAAGAAUAAUGGCUACCAUUUCUCCAGACCCUCGACUUAACCUCCCAGUAAGCAAGCAGCAAAAGCACUACCCACAUGGAGUUGUCGAAGAAAUCGAAGGUCUAAUUAGAGUUCGAAGAGAUGGACAUGUUGAAAGGCCUCCUAUUAUACCAAAUGUCCCUAGUACUUUUGCAUUAGAAUCCACUAGUAUCCUAGCCAAAGACAUUGUCAUAGACAAAGCAAUGAAUUUAUGGUCAAGAAUUUACAUCCCCACCACCACAAACACAGGAAAACUCCCUUUGCUUAUAUACUUCCAUGGAGGUGGCUUUUGUGUUGGCUCAGCCUCUUGGAGAUGUUACCAUGAGUUUCUAACCAAUCUUGUUUCCAAAUCAAACUGUGUCAUUAUCUCAGUCAAUUACCGUUUAGCCCCGGAAAACCGCCUCCCCGCGGCUUACGAAGACGGUUACAACACUCUCAUGUGGGUUAAACACCAAGCUGUGAGUAUGUCCAAUGAGCAUCAAUGGUGGUUGAGUCGUUGCAACAUGUCGCGCUUGUUUCUAGCCGGUGACAGUGCAGGAGCUAACAUAGCAUACCAUGUGGCCAUACGGGUCGGGUCGAAUAUCGAAUCCAAGGUUCUUAACCCGUUGGUCCUCAAGGGGAUCAUAUUGGUCCAACCUUUCUUUGGAGGAGAAUCCAGGACGGGUUCCGAAAAGCAUGCAAACCAGCCACCCAACUCGGCGCUUACACUUUCAACCUCUGAUACGUAUUGGGGGCUGUCUUUGCCUUCUGGGGCUAACCGAGACCAUCCAUGGUGUAACCCUCAGGCAAAUGGUGCGCCUAAGCUGAGGGAUUUGAGGCUUCCUGCUAUAUUGCUUUGCGUAUCGGAGAUGGAUAUAUUGAAGGAUAGAAAUAUAGAGUUUGGCAAUGCCUUGGUUAGUGUUGGGAAGAAAGUCGAAGUAGCGGUUUGUAAAGGCGUUGGACAUGCAUUCCAAGUUCUGCAGAGUUCUCAUCUCUCUAAGUCUCGGACCCAAGAACUUAUAUCUCAUAUCAGUGCGUUUUUAAAUGUGUGAAAUUAAUAAUGAUGGUAGUUUUCUUAUGUGUUUUUAUGUAGGUUUUUUUUAUCUUUUUUCUUUGUCAUAAUCGUAGAUUUUGUGUUCAUGUAUAUUAGAUAGUUUGUACUUAAUA